CUAGUAACGCAUUCAUCAUUAAGGAUAUAUCAAAUGGUCUCGAACCAUUCCCUGUCAGCUUGAUAUAUAAUGAUGAUAAAGAACUUGGAGAACUACGCGUACAUCAAAAGUACAUUGUACAUUGCGUAAAACUUUCAUCUGAAAAUGAAUUUGUGACAAAUGAAGAGUUGCCAUCAUAUUAUGAUGGUUGCGAUUGUACUGAUAAUUGCAUAUCAGAAGAUUGUGGAUGUAAAUCAACUCAUGGUUACUUUUAUACUAAACAAUACUCACAUAAGCGAUGUCUCAACUUAAAUUUUUCCAUACCCACAUCAAUCUAUGAGUGUAAUUCAUCAUGUACAUGUUCCCCAAUAAUAUGUCCAAAUCGCAUAGUUCAACAUGGCAUUAAAGUUCCCUUACAAGUUUUCAAAUCUAUGGAUGGUCGUGGCUGGGGAUUACGUACAUUGCAAAAAAUCUUUGAAGGGAUGUUUGUUUGUGAGUAUGCAGGUGAAAUAAUUAAAACCGAAGAGGCUAAACGAAGAUGGAAGGAAAUGAGGAAUGAUACAAUGGCUCAAAAUUACAUAUUGUGUUUGAGAGAACAUAUGGAAGAUCGUAUUCUUCGAACAAACAUCGACCCAAAUCAUAUCGGAAAUGCUGGAAGAUAUAUCAAUCAUUCAUGCGCACCAAACCUCCAGAUUUAUCUGGUUCGUAUCAAUUCUUUAAUUCCCGUGGCGGCAUUUUUUGCCAUAAGAGAUAUCGAAGUAGAAGAAGAAUUGACAUUUGAUUAUUCUGGAAUGAAUGAUCUCAGUGUACAACUAGAAAGUGGGGUGACAAUAGAUGAUAUUGGAAAUAAAAAUGGAAAGAAAAAAUGUUUAUGUGGAAAUAAAAUUUGUAGAGGA